AUGCUUUCUACUUCAUCUUCAAGCCUCGCACCUUCUAAGCUAACCAACAUGGCUUCAGACCGACAGCAGAUACCGAGUCACCGAGGACUCCUCCCGAACCCUCAAAAAGUAGCCGACUUUUUCGAUCCUCUCAGACAUCGUCGAGAAAACCCCCCCGAGAUCGAGAAGCCUAGAACUUACAGACCCAGUCCUAUCCAAACGGCCCUCGUCAAUUCCCUCGCCAACCCAGGCCUCAAUCACCACGGUCCCCUCUUCGGUACUAAUGCUACUCAGCAACUGACCGCCUAUCCUCAAGCUACCAACAACCCUCACACCUUCCACACCCAAGUUCCAUUUGCGCAUUCGCCGAUUGCUCAAACUGAGCACCAGAAGGCCCAGAAAGCGCAGCAUCUGACAGACGCCACGCUUAAGAAGGCCGGGGAGUCUUCUGGCUCAGUCAACACUGUUCACUCGCCUCACAGAGAUCGAGAGCCCUUGCGUGGGAUUUUGAAGAAAGGACCUGCCCUUUUCACGCGAUCGUCGGGACCCACCAGCUCUUCUCUCUUCACACCGGCUGCAGCGAAGGUCAAGAGGUUGCGAUUCCGUGCUCAAGCGCGCAGCGCAGGACUGGGCCCCUCAAAGAACCGGAAGUGCAAUAGGUUCCCUGCGGAGGAUCCCUUCAUCCGUCAGCCCCCUAUCAAAGCGACACCCUUCCCAAAAUCUCAACAGUCCGCAUAUCUCAGACCGGCAACUACUCUAUGGAGACCUGCGCCGAAGGCUUUUGAUUUCAGCGCGACUCUUCGGCACCAACCUACUCUACACAAGCCAUCCCCAGCUUCUCACGUCGCUGCCUAUCGAGCACGCCGCCGUAGAUUGAAGGACCUCGUUAUCCAGCGAGAGGGAAGAAUCGAUCUUUUUGGCCCGAAAGGUCCGAUUCUCAAGCCAGCCCAAAGAAUACAGGGCUUUCAUACUACUAUCGGAAGCGUCUCCACGAGAAAGUGCUCCCAACCAUCUUCGAGCUUUCAUCUCUGCAACUCUAACUCAGAAGCCGAGUCGGAGUCUGAGGAUACUGAGUCCAGCUUGGAACCCGCUUCGGAAUCCAGCUCGCCAUCUGUGGUACACCCGGGUGCUUGGUUCUUCAGCCCAGGCCAACGAACAACAAUCAUCACUCCCAACGAAUCGACGCUCAUAGAAGUGAACGACGGUUCAGCAACUCGAAGAAUUUUUGUACGGGGGUCGUGCCAGAAGACGAUCACAGUUCAAUCUAUCAAACAGGAAUCACGGGCUCUGAACCAAGGCUCACCCAACACGACCCCGACACGAAAGCGACCAGCUGAGGACUCAGAGUUCGACCUCAUUCUGGCGAAUGCGACGGAUGGGAAGGAGCCUCUGCAGGAGCCGCUCGCGAACGCUCGAGGCGCUGCCGUUCUGGACUCAAACGAAGAAGACAGACCUCGAGCUUAUACGAAUUGGCUCACCAAUAUCAUGACAUCAGUCCGUGGCACGGUCACAAAAGUCUCCAACAGCAUUGUUGGCUACGUGUACCCCCGCAAUAAUCACCUCAUCGCUGUAGAGCGGCUCUCCCGUGGUCAGCAGAAUGGCAACACUGGCACGAAGCGCAUCAGGUUGGAGGUUGUCGAUGAUUUUGCCGAUGAGAGCUUCACUCCAAAUGCGGAACCAUCCAAAAUCAACCUCGUUUGGGUAGAUGAAUCGACGCGAAUCGCUUACUGGCAUCACAUAGCCCCUCUUGUCCGCACCUUGAGGAGUAUCUGCCAUCGAAUCGAAAAGAGGCGAUCGCAAUCUAGGGAAGGGUCCCCUAUCACUCGACUUGACGACCAAACCCAGGAGCAGCAGAUCUACGUCCUAGGUCCAUACCUUGAUACUUUCCGACAGACUGCUUGGAUAGUUGAGAGUGUCUACUCUCAUACGUUCCUGGCAGGUUUGAAGACGAACUUCAAGGUCCCCCAGUCGGUCAUGGACUACACUUUCAGCCCUGAAGAAAACUUUGCCAUUACCGUGGCUCAGCGCUUAUUCGAGCAUUUCCCUGAAGAAUGCAAUCCUGUGCUGGUUGAGGCUGGCGUCUCACGCCGCAUUAUCAAAGGACUCAGCGCUGACUUAGCCGCUCUGGCUAGUCGAAAGCCAAUGCCUGGACUCGUUCAACGGGCUGGUAUAGUUGGCAAGGUCAUGAAUUUUUUUCGAGGGCGUGAGAGCUUCGGUAUCGAGGUAUCCGAGGACCCGAUCUCGAGGAUCGACAUCGCAAUGCCCGGUAGCUUUCCAGAUUUCCAAACCAACAACGAAGUUUUGGAUGAGGCGGAACCUUCCAUCAAGGCCCCAGAUGAACGACAGAUCCUGCCCGCCCAGGAAAUCAUAAAACCAGGAAGUUACUACCCUCCUGCAAGAACUACGGAAGCGUACACGUUCGUCAAAGACCAAUUGGCCGACAUCGCAUCCCAACGCAGAGCUACGUACAAGAAUGCACCCCGAGGCAUUAUAUCAGACGACUUGGCCUGCAACCCAAGCCCCAUCUCUGUCCUCAAAAGAGACAACCAUUCACCUGCUUCACUGAAGCGACUCCAGAAGUCGAGAGGCCUCAAAAGGGUGCAUUUCUCACCAUCCGCGAAGCAAUCUACCCCUUCAUCGGCGAAAUCAAGGGGCUUCCUCAGCCGAAUUUUCGGCUCUCCUACCGUUUCCGGAUCACCACUGGGACGACACGUUGUUGAUGCCAGCCAUCUGAGCGAUUCUCAGGUUGACGGCUCGUCAGACGACCCUUACACUGCGAUGCAGAAUCGAUACUCAGACGCCACUCCAAAAUCUGACGAUGUAUCAGAAGAGAGCGAUAGCGAGAAAAUCGCGGCUCGCUGUCACCCCCAAUUGCUGGAGCAUCUCAACAAAUCCUUGAAUGGCCUUGAAGCUAAGGGAUUCUUCGCCAAGGAUGAACCGCAAGACUUGCCGUCCAGCCCAUCCAGCCUACUUACACCUCCGACCCUGGCAGGUCUAACCAUCUCGGAUGACAAAGAAGAGGAGCUUGAAGAUCUGUCUCUCGCCCUGCAGCUAUUGCUUGAUGUCGACGAGGCACGCCGAAGAGAAGAAGAGGAGAAGAAAGCUAGACAGGCAAGAGAGGAGAGAUUGUUGAAGACGGGUGGACUUCGCGCUCCUCAGAGACCUUUAGUCACCUCAUUACCGGCUGAAUGGGUUGAGAAGGUGCAAGCCACGAUGCAAGCCAAUCCCUCGCUGACACUCGCGACGACGGCUGAAAGCGUUCCCCUCAAGAAGCACGACUUCGCCAUGGUAGUUCCACCAACUGUGUGGCUCAACGACGAGAUUGUCAAUGGCGCAUUGCAAUGGCUGGAUCGAUACGUCAAUGUGGCUGCAGGCGCCGUAGACGUGAAGGCACCGAACAGAGUGUGCGUCGCCAUGGGAUCAUUUUUCUACAAAAGACUGGAGGAGAAUGGUGUUCAAAACACCGAACGAGCACUUCGCCGUUACGGAAUCAACAAGAACAACUUUCUCAAUCUGGAGACGAUUCUCAUGCCGAUCUGUAAGAACAACCAUUGGACAUUGCUCGUCAUCCGGCCCAAGAAGCGAACCGUAUCGCAUAUGGAUUCCUUCAACCCUGCGGGCUCAUCCACGCAUACUACUAGAGCCUUGAACUGGGUCCAGGCCUUCCUGGGCGGCGACUAUAAGGCUAGCGAAUGGAAAGUAGUCAUUCAUGAGGCUCCUAUUCAAACCAAUGGGUACGACUGUGGUGUCUUUACUAUCACCAACGGAAUGUGUCUUGCGCUUGGCCUCAAUGCUAUCGACGCCUACUCGGGCGAGGAUUUACCAGAACAACGCCUGAGAAUCGCUGGUAUGCUUCUCAAUAAAGGCUUCAGCGGCGAAUUCGACCUCGCCGAUCUAUAA